UGAGUUUGUUUUUAUCGAGGGUACGCAGUUUCCGGGUUGUGUUCAAAAUAUUUUGAUGGAAUCUUCGUUGAAUUUGGCUCAUCAGCAAGGCAGAAAAGCUGACCAAUUACUCCAUAGCAAGAAAUAUGAAGAAUCGAUGUUUUGUCACCGAAGAGCUGCAGAAUAUCUUCUACAAGCCUUGCAGCUCUCUCCCUCUCAGUAUGCUCAGGAAUCUAUCAAACUUCAACAUCAGUUCCAUCUUAAACAGCAGGAUGCUAUUCAGAACAAGAUUAACAGAGUGGAGAAAAUGAACAGCGAACUAGCAAACAAAGGGUCAGAGGUCAGGAACCAGUCAACACAGACAGAAGCUAAACUGGUAUUCAGCCCUAACCACUAUGUUGAUGACAGUUUGAAUCAGGAAUCAAAUGACAGGGUGAUGCAGGCUUUGGCUGGGACGGAUUCUCUUGUUGGACAUUUACUGCUGAAAAACAAGUCUGUGAAUGACACGGAUGUAGAAAAGGGUCUUAAUGUAGGAUAUAAUGCUUUCCAGGAAAACAUUACACUGACCAAGACAGGAAGUGACACUGACGAGGAAUCUGCGAUCAAUCGACUCAUUCAAGAAAAUUUGGAACUGAAAAAGGAAGUUUCACAAUUGCAAAGAGAAUUGGACAAUUCCAAGAAAGAUAAUAGAUAUUUGACUGACAGAGUUUUCAGGUCUGACAAGGUGAAGAGGCAUUCAUAUCCUGAUGAGGAAUGCGGAGGAGUUGCCAUCCCAGACAUGGAACUUCCUCCGCUGGAAAUGCCACAGUUCGAUUUCGACUCCCUACAAGUGUCCACCACUCAAACUGACAGGGGAGGGAGUAUAUUUUCUACUCAUUAGUACUUUCCUAUGACAAUGAACAAGCACUUGUGAUAAAAAAUGAAUGAAUAUAUACAUGGUAUUGUUAUAUACUUUCAAUUUCAUCUCUUCUUUUUUCAUUAAAAGUUUGCUGGCAUAUAUCACACGAUGUAUGUCCACAAACAUUCCGGCCCGCAAACAUUACAUCGCAAUCAAUACACAAGCAAAUUAUUACGCCAUUAAUUUUCAAAUUUUUCGUGUUUUUCAUCUUUUACUCAGUUAAACCAAUAAGAAAUUGUUAAAAAUGAAAUUAUUGUUAGUUUCUAAAUGAAAUUGAAAGUAUAUAAUAAAAAGGUUAUAGACUUUGUAUGGGAAAAUAUGAUGACUUCAGUUUUUUUUUGUCGCAGACGGACCGAGCACCGAAAAACUUGGUCGUCAUAUUUUCCCAUACAAAGUCUAUAACCUAUAAUUAUCUGCUGUAGUGAUUCAGGAAAUACAUCUACAUUACAUGACCUGUAUUUUGUAUGUGUAGUAUGUCUGUCUUUAUAGACAGGACAGAUUAAGAUAUCAACACGAUGGUUAUGGUUAAGUGUUAUUAACUAGGAGGUGUAGGAUCUUCAAAUCUGAUACACGUACAUAUAUUUCUCAAGGUCGUAAAUGUAGGUUUCAGGGUCAUUUACUCUAUAUAUAAAAAACAGUCAUUAAGAGUAAAUUUUACAUAAUUCUGCAGUUUCAUUCAAACUCAUAUCAAAAACGCAAAAUUAAAUGUAUAUUUAUCAAUUAUAAUAUAAUUUGUUGACAAUUAAUUUUCCUUGAUGCUUGGUUAUAUAUUUUUAUACUACAUAAAUAUUUCAGUCUCAUUAUAUUCAUUGUUUUAUUUCAAAAUUGGUACAGGUUUUAAUUUUGAGAUCCCCCCUCUUCCCAUAUCCAAUGGCAACAUUCCGUUUUCUUAUGGUUUCUUUAGAGUAAGGACACAAGUUGGUAAUGUGGGAGUCAUUCAAAUUUUUGUUUACACUUUAUUUUUCUUUCUGUAUCCAAGAUGCUUACAUUUUGUACUGUAUUGUAUUAUAUAAAUAAAUGAUAAAACGGGU